AUGCUUCAGUCCAGUAGUGGAAACCUUCUGGCUAAUUAUCCCACAUCGCUAGCGGAAAAUCGCCCCGUCGACUUAGUAGAAGUCAAGAACGCAAUGUCUCAUCAUAAGUGCGACAAUGAAGGGCAUCAUCGUCACGACAGUCAGCGCAAGAAGCACAAAAGACAGAACGAUGCCAAAGGCUUGAGGGGAAGUCCGCGUAAGGACGAAAAAAGGGCAACGAACGAUGUCAAAGUGUCGGACAUUGAGAAAAAAUCGGACAGUUCAAGCGGUGAAUCACCACGAAAUGAAGGUACAAAGUUUUCUUCGACGACCAACUCGCUAUGCUAG